GCUUCCGGCGACCGGCGUGAGGGGCCGCGGCGGGCGCGAUGGGGCUGAGCGCGGAGGAGGCGGCGGAGCAGGAGGAUCGCUUCGACGGGAUGCUGCUCGCCAUGGCCCAGCAGCACCAGGGCGGCGUGCGCGAGCUUGUGAACACCUUCUUUAGUUUCCUGAGGAGGAAAACAGAUUUCUUCACUGGUGGAGAAGAUGGAAUAGCAGAGAAGCUGAUCACAGAGACCUUCAACCACCACAACAAGCUGGCUCAGAAGGAGCGGAAGGAGAAGAAGGCUCGUCAGGAGGCCGAGCGGCGCGAGAAGGCCGAGCGAGCUGCCAGGCUGGCCAAGGACAAGCAGGAGGCCAACGAGCCCAGGAUUAAGGAACUGACAGAGGAGGAGGCAGAAAGGCUGCAGCUGGAAAUUGAGCAGAAGAAAGAGGCCCAAGGACAGACUAACAGUGUCCCAGUGAAACCCUCAGAGGAAGAAGGUGAAUCUUCAGAUUCUAACAAACAGGAAACAGAUGAUGAAGAAGAAGAUGAGAAGGAUAAAGGCAAAAUGAAACCCAACUCUGGCAAUGGAGCUGACCUGCCAAAUUACAGAUGGACACAGACUCUCUCAGAGCUGGAUCUGGCCAUCCCUUUCAAGGUGAACUUCAGGCUGAAGGGGAAGGAUGUGGUGGUGGACAUCCAGCGCCGUCGCCUGCGCGUCGGCCUCAAGGGCCACCCGCCCGUCAUCGAUGGAGAGCUCUUCAACGAGGUGAAGGUGGAGGAGAGCUCCUGGCUGAUUGAGGAUGGCAAAACAGUCACUGUGCACCUGGAGAAGAUCAACAAGAUGGAAUGGUGGAACAAACUGGUCUCCACAGACCCAGAGAUCAACACCAAGAAAAUUAACCCAGAGAACUCAAAGUUGUCAGACCUGGACAGUGAAACUCGCAGUAUGGUGGAGAAAAUGAUGUAUGACCAACGCCAGAAAUCCAUGGGGCUGCCCACCUCUGAUGAGCAGAAGAAGCAGGACAUCUUGAAAAAGUUCAUGGAACAGCAUCCAGAAAUGGACUUUUCAAAGGCUAAAUUCAACUGAGCCCUCCCCUCCUCCCCCCUUUCUUUGUCAGGCCCUGGAAUGGGGCAGGAUGUUUGUUGGAUGUUCCUUACCUUGGGCAAGCAAAGCACUUCCAGCCUCUUCCCUGAGCUGUGGCAGCUCCCCAGGGCCUCAGGUGUCCUGAGUGGAGCAGGACACGAGGUCACAGCCCUGCUGGAGCCACCUGUGGCACUUCCCAAACAGCAGUUAGGGGAGAGCACAGAGCAAAAAGGGGGUUGGGGCUGCAGGAGCCAGAUGUGAGAGGUUUGGGGACAUACCCUUAGUGUGUUGCUUGGCUGUACCUCCUGGCUCUUCAGAGCUGUUCAGCCACUCUUUGCUGUUUCAGUUUGGCAGCAGGUUCUCCCAAGUGUUUGCUCCUUCCCUUUGGCUUUCCUGCUCUCCUGGGAAAACAUGGGCCAGCUGAUUCUGUCAAACAAUUCUCCUUCUGCCUCCUUGAGAAGGGAAAACACCAUUCUAAAACAUAGCAGCUUGCAGUAGAGACAGACUCUGCUCCUCUCCUUCAGAGAGGGGGAGCAGCCUGAGCCCACUCAGGGCUCAAGGGAGGUCAACCUGCUGUCCUAUGGCAAGGGAAGGCUGGGGAGUGUGGUUGUGGGCAAGGGAGAGGAUAUGGGGGGCUUUAAGGAUCCUGCCCUUGGGAAUGUGUCUCCUGCCUCUCCAGGAGCCUCCUUCCCCAGCUCCCCCUGCCCAGGGGCAUCACUCUGCAUGGUCCUGUCUCUGUUCAAUCUGUGAUGCGAGAUAAAGACAAAAAGCAGCA